AAGAGCUUUAGUCUUGUACAGAAAGCUUACUGACUGUGACAAUGGAUAUUGGAGACAUAAUAAUGAUUACUGUUUCUGUUACUACCAAAGUUCUAAAAAACAAUUGGAAAAUGAGCUGUUUUGCCAUAUUUUAGGAUCAGUAGGUCUCUAUAGUGUCUGCAGACCUGACUAACCCCAGUGCUAUUAUGAAUACUCUGCUGAGGUCAGGGAAGGAGGCCCUUUUUAUCCUCAUGCUUAGUAUGUGCCUUUUAAUACCACAUGAUAUGAAGACCCUGUGACUGAAAUAACUUUACUAGACUUUUUUUUUUAUUGUUGUCUUCGUCUUAACUUUUUAUUAUGGCAAUUUUUCAAGCAUCAGCAAAAACAAAAGAUAGUAUAAUGAACUCCUUGUGCCUUGCAUCCACCUUAAAUAAUUUUCAACUCCUAUCCCUAACCAUCCAUCCAUUUCCAUCCCUACCCCUAGAUUAUUAAAGCAGAGCCCAGAUAUUAUAUCAUUUAAUCUAUAAAAUCUAUAAAUAUUUAAUAAAAUUUCUCUAAAGGAGAAGGAUUUCUUUUUUUUAAUAUAACGUCAGUGCCAUUAUCUCACAUAAAACAAAAUUAACAAUAAUUCCUUAAUAGAUAAACAAACAGUUAUAUUCUAAUUUCUCUGAUUGCCUCUUAAAUGUUUUCUUGUUUGAAUCAGGAUUGAAAUAAACAGUAUACAUUGCAGUAGGUUGAUAAGUCUUACUAGUCUAUUUUGACUUAUUUUGGGACUGAGAAUGAUACGGGAGAAAAUUAACUAAAAAUGCCCUUUUCUGGUUUUUUCUGAGUGUUCAUAUACUGGAGGUAUCCUGACCUCCAGAAGAGUCCUACGUUCUUCUGUCAUAGGGAAGCUGCUACCUCUCAUUUCUAACCCGUUUUCCUAUGCAAGUGGAAAUAUGUGAAAACCAAGAGGUUUUGGGGAUUUUGGAGGGGUGAGGAGGGUCAAGGAGGUGAUUAUAAAGACCAUGUGAGUCUAAGAUUAUGCUUGGGUUAACAAGUCACGAGGCUCAUUUCUCUCUUUUAAGAGAAGAGGUUCGGUUUGGUGGCAAAAAAACACAAAGGGUAUGCGCACCAGAAGAAACCACAUUUCACCUCCUGCACUUGUCUUUAAUGAGAGAGUAUAUUGAUUAUGAGUUUUCAGUAUUAAAAGACAAGAUCUCAUUUAAAUAUGAUAUUGAAAGGAUAAUAGAUGAUUGGAUUUUGAUGGGAUUUCUUGUUGGCAAUGAUUUUAUUCCUCAUCUACCUCAUUUACAUAUUAAUCAUGAUGCACUGCCUCUUCUUUAUGGAACAUAUAUUACCAUCCUGCCAGAACUUGGGGGUUAUAUCAAUGAAAGUGGGCAUCUCAACUUACCUCGAUUUGAGAAAUACCUUGUAAAACUAUCAGAUUUUGAUCGUGAGCACUUCAGUGAAGUUUUUGUGGACCUAAAGUGGUUUGAAAGCAAAGUUGGUAACAAGUACCUCAAUGAAGCAGCAGGUGCCGCAGCAGAAGAAGCCAAGAACUACGAGGAAAAGAAAAAAUCAAAGGGCGAGGAAAACGUCUGUUGGGCUGCUUUAGACAAAAAUGAAUCUGAAGCAGCAACAUCUAAGGAUAAUUUGGAAGAUGAGACUGAAGAUGAUGACCUAUUUGAAACUGAGUUUAGACAAUAUAAAAGAACUUAUUACAUGACAAAGAUGGGAGUUGAUGUAGUGUCUGAUGACUUUCUGGCUGAUCAAGCUGCAUGUUAUGUUCAGGCAAUACAGUGGAUUUUGCACUAUUACUAUCAUGGAGUUCAGUCCUGGAGCUGGUAUUACCCUUAUCAUUAUGCACCUUUUCUGUCAGAUAUCCGGAACAUCAGUACGCUUAAAAUCCAUUUUGAGCUAGGAAAACCUUUUAAGCCAUUCGAGCAGCUUCUUGCUGUACUUCCAUCAGCUAGCAGAAAUUUGCUUCCUGCGUGUUACCAGCAUUUGAUGACCAGUGAAGACUCGCCAAUUAUAGAAUACUAUCCACCUGAUUUUAAAACUGACCUAAAUGGGAAACAACAGGAAUGGGAAGCUGUGGUAUUAAUACCUUUUAUUGAUGAGAAACGAUUGUUGGAAGCCAUGGAGUCAUGUAACCACUCCCUCAAAAAAGAAGAGAGGAAAAGAAACCAACAUAGUGAGUGCCUAAUGUACUGGUAUGAUAGAGACACAGACUUCACCUACCCCUCGCCAUGGCCAGAAAAAUUCCCUGACAUACAACGAUGUUGCACAAGGUACAAAAUAAUAUCUUUAGAUGCUUGGCGUGUAGACAUAAGCAAGAACAAAAUAACCAAGGUUGACCAGAGGGCAGUAUAUUUCUGUGGAUUUCCUACUCUGAAACACAUCAAACACAAAUUUUUUUUGAAGAAAAGUGGGGUACAAGUAUUCCAGCAAAGCAGUCGUGGAGAAAACAUGAUGUUGGAAAUCUUACUCAAUGCAGACUCGGAUGAACUUAGUAUAGAAAAUGUAGCUUCAUCAGCGCUUGGAAAGUCUGUCUUUGUUAAUUGGCCUCACCUUGAAGAAGCUAGAGUUGUAGCUGUGUCAGAUGGGGAAACUAAGUUUUACUUGGAAGAACCUCCAGGAACACAGAAGCUUUAUUUGGGAAAAACUACCCCACCAUCUAAAGUGGUCUAUCUUGGAGAUAAAGAACAAUCUAACUGGACAAAAGAAGUACAAGGAAUUUCAGAACAUUACCUGAGAAGAAAAGGAAUAAUAAUAAAUGAAACAUCUGCAGUUAUAUAUGCUCAGUUACUCACAGGUCGUAAAUAUCAAAUAAAUCAAAAUGGUGAAGUUCGACUAGAGAAACAGUGGUCAAAACAAGUUCUUCCUUUUGUUUAUCAAACUGUUGUUAAAGACAUCCGAGCUUUCGGCUCCCGUUUCUCCAAUAUCAAAACAUUGGAUGACUUAUUUCCUCCUAGAAGUAUGGUCUUUAUGCUGGGAACCCCCUAUUAUGGCUGUACUGGAGAAGUUCAAGAUUCAUGCGAUGUGAUUACAGAAGGUAGGAUUCGUGUGGUUUUCAGCAUUCCGUGUGAACCUAAUCUUGAUGCUUUAAUUCAGAACCAGCAUAAAUAUUCUAUAAAGUACAACCCAGGAUAUAUGUUGGCCAGUCGCCUUGGAGUGAGUGGAUACCUUGUUUCAAGGUUUACAGGAAGUAUUUUUAUUGGAAGAGGAUCUGGGAGAAACCCUCAUGGAGACCAUAAAGCAAAUGUGGGUUUGAAUCUCAAGUUCAACAAAAAAAAUGAGGAGGUGCCUGGAUAUACCAAGAAAGUUGGAAGCGAAUGGAUGUAUUCAUCUGCAGUAGAACAACUCCUUGCAGAAUACUUAGAGAGAGCUCCAGAACUCUUUAGUUAUAUAGCCAAAAAUAGCCAAGAGGAUGUGUUCUAUGAAGAUGACAUUUGGCCAGGAGAAAAUGAGAAUGGUGCUGAGAAAGUUCAAGAAAUUAUUACUUGGCUAAAGGGACAUCCUGUCAGUACUUUGUCUCGUUCUUCUUGUGAUUUACAAAUUCUGGAUGCAGCUAUUGUGGAGAAGAUCGAGGAAGAAGUCGAGAAAUGCAAGCAAAGGAAGAAUAAUAAGAAGGUACGAGUGACAGUGAAGCCCCAUUUGCUAUACAGACCUUUAGAACAGCAACACGGAGUCAUUCCUGAUAGGGAUGCAGAAUUUCGUCUCUUUGACCGUGUUGUAAAUGUGAGAGAGAACUUUUCAGUUCCUGUUGGCCUUCGAGGCACCAUCAUAGGAAUUAAAGGGGCUAAUAGAGAAGCUGAUGUACUAUUUGAAGUAUUAUUUGAUGAAGAAUUUCCUGGAGGUUUAACAAUAAGAUGCUCACCUGGUAGAGGUUAUCGACUGCCAACAAGUGCCUUAGUGAACAUUUCUCACGGGAGUCGCUCUGAAACCGGAAACCAGAAGUUGACAGCCAUAGUGAAACCACAACCAGCUGUGAAUCACUACAGCUUGAAUUCCUCCAUUUUGUCUGGGCAUUUGGGAGGCCUUAACCAUUCCCCUCAAUUGCGUUUUGUUCCUACUCAAGUACCUGCUAAAGAAGAUGAUGAAUUUUGCAACAUUUGGCAGUCCUUACAAGGAUCUGGAAAGGUUCAACACUUUCAGCCAGCUAUUCAAGAGAAGGGUGCGGUUCUACCUCAAGAAAUAAGUCAAGUAACUCAACUUCAUAAAUCUGGCAUUAAUGACAGCAGUAUAAAAGGUCAGCAAAGAAAACAUGACCCUCACAGAAAAUUUAAAGAAGAAUGUAAGAGUCCUAAAAAUGAGUGUCGAUCACAAAAAAUGUCAAAUAAGCAGCCCAACCCUGGAAUUGAGAACUUUUUAGCAUCCUUGAAUAUCUCCAAAGAAAACGAAGUACAGGCAUCUCAUCACAAAGAGCCUCCAAGUGAAGAACAUUUGUCACCACAAUCAUUUGCUAUGAAGGGAACACGGAUGCUUAAAGAAAUUCUAAAAAUUGAUGGCGCUGAGACUGUGGACCAUAAGAGUGAAAUGAAACAGUUUGGUAAUGAAGUCACUGUUUCUUCUAAUAGAAGAGAUGAGUAUGGACCUUCCUCACAGCCUAAGCAAAAUAAGAAAUUAGCAUCUUACAUGAACAAGUCUCACAGCGCUAAUGAGUACCAUAAUGUUCCGUCUAUGGACAAUGUGUGUUGGCCCACUGCCAGCCAGAUGCCUUCUGUGCCCACAUCAGUAACCGAACUUUCUCGAAUUUGUUCCCUUGUUGGAAUGCCACAACCAGAUUUCUCCUUUCUUAGAACACCACAGACAAUGACAGUUUGCCAGGUAAAAUUAUCUAAUGGUUUACUGGUACAUGGACCACAGUGUCACUCUGAAAAUGAAGCCAAGGAGAAAGCUGCUUUUUUUGCUUUACAACAAUUGAGUUCAUUAGGAGUGAAUUUCUCUGUGCCUCUACCAAUAUUUCCAAAUUAUCCUCCUGCUGUACCACCUGGAACCAUUCCUCCAGUUUUUCCUCAGCCUACCGGCUGGGAUCAUUAUGGAAGCAACUUAGCAUUUGGGGCAGCCAGUAUGAUGCCUUCAUCAUCUCAUCUCUUUGCCUCAACGCCGUGGGCACCGCCAGCGACAGUACCUGGAAAGCCUUUCCAUCAUGCUUCCUAUCCCAGGACCAUGCCCAUGGCUGGGGGAAUUGCGGCUGGUGUGCACAGUCAGUUCAUACCUCUGCAGGUUACUAAAAAACGAGUUGCAAAUAAAAAGAACUUUGAGAAUAAAGAGGCUCAGAGUUCUUCUCAAGCUGCCCCACGUCAGACGAGCCAGCCAGCGUCUUCAGACAUUACCAAAGUGAUGCCACAGGAGAGUUCAUCAGCUUCUGUAAAGUCCCCUCACAUUACUCAGCCUGUGUCUUCUUUUCAAGCUGAAGCUGCCUCCCAAGGCCACAGUAUGUCUUAUCAUAAGUCAAUACCAAGUUCUUCUUCAAGAAGAAAACCAAGAAAACUGGCUGUCAAUUUUGGUGUUUCUAAACCUUCUGAAUAAAUUUGGUACUUGGAAUUAAUUUCUUUCCUUUCCUUUUUAUGAGGCAUAGUCCAUAUCUAUGUUUCAUAAAAAUAGAAUGUACUAUUUUAAGAUAAUAUGUUUUGAGUUGAAAAUUUUUAAUAUUUGAGUUGUCAGGCACUUUUCAUGCUGUUUAAAAGACUGUAUACCAAAUUGUACACUUUAAAUAUGUGCAGUUUGUUGUACGUCAGUUAUACCUCAAAAAAGCUGUUAAAAAAACAAAAAAGACUGUAAAUUAAAACCUUGUGUUAAAAUAGUAUCAGUGGACUAAGCAUUAAAAUGUACCACUUUAACCAUUGGCCUCCUCAUUAGAAGCAUCCUGAACUAUGAAUUAGACAUCAUCUUAGCAAUAAUAAAAAACAUUUUUUUAUGCUAUCUUUGAGGGGUAAUUAAAUGAAGCAUGAAAAUUGGGCCUCAAAUAUUAUUUAUUGAAUGUGGACUUUAUUUCCCUUUUUAAUGAUGUAACAAAUUUUCAAGAGAAUGGCUCUUAUUUAUAUGUGUUUUAAUUUAUGUCUUGUCGUCUUUGAGGGUCCUUUAGACCUGCUGUGAAACGAUCACGCUUGUGUGGUGCUGCCAGUUUUGCUUUAUUCUCAGUUUUGUACCAAAGCAACUUAAGAGUAUGGAUGAGAAUAUUUCAUCUAACUGCUUAGAACUAUAAAUAACAGUCUAGGUUUGAGUAAGUAAUUACAGUUUUUUAGAUUAUUCAAGAACCAGCAUUAGUAAUUUCUAAUGAGAUUAAGUUUCAAAAUAUACAGGGUACAAUGAUUACAAAUUAAUCUUCUAAUAAAAUUAAGUACAAAAAAUCAAUCAUGUUGUUAAUUAAAACAAACUGUAUGUCUCCCAUUUAUAGCUUUUUAUCUCCUUGCUUAUCAUACAAGAGCCCCGUUUUUGGUCCAUGUGUAGUGCUUCCUGGAAUCAAUGAAAUUAUUAAUAUUUUUUAAAUUCCAAAGUGUGCUGUAAAACAGACACAAUCAUUAGUUUGUGAUGUACAUGAUUUAUGUGACAAAUGCCUAUCUCAUUCUAGUUCCAUAUUUUUAGCUUUAUGCUGGUCUGUUCAGCGACUCUGGCAUUUUGUCUUUGCAUGUCAUGUGUGGGUGUGUGUUGUUCAAGCUGUGGCUGUUGAAAUUAUUUUAAAGUUUAUGAAAAUUUCCCAGUGGUACCAGGACCUGAGGUUUUGUUUUAUAUAUAUAUAUACCUUUUAGGUUUUGUGAUAUGCUUAUAUUUUUAAGGAAGUAAGUUAUCAUACUUUUUUAAAAGUAGGAACCACAAUCUUUAUAUGGAGCUGCUUUAUUAUUAUACUGGAUUUCAUUUAGCUCAUUGCAAACUCUGUCAUGAGUCUUAGUCUGUUUUUUUUUAAAACAUGCUGGUAUUGAACUAAAUGUAUUCAUUUCUCUAACAGUUUAUUUCAAGGUCUCUCUGAAUAUUAGCAGCAUAGUUGUAUAUCAGUAGUGCCUUUAGUAUAAGGAGAUAAAUGUCCAUUAUCUGUCAGUUGUUACAGCCAUGUGAGUUUCUGUGAUUUUAUUUUCUAUUAAUUUCUUAGGUUCAGAUGUUUACUGUUUUCCAACAUUUCCUUGUUGGGAAUGCUUGUUUAUCUGUAGUAGAAUUUUGAGUAAUGAGGUGCGAAUAAAUCUCAGUGUUUAUCCUUAUUGCCUCACAAGCUCUUUUCUAAGUACCCACAUCCAAAUUUGUAAAUUAUCAUGCAUCAUUCUUGGCCUUCAAAUGUAUAGAUUUAUUCUGUUUGUUUUAAAAGGAAAUGGAAAUAUCUAUUAUGGGAAUACAAGGAAAAAGUUUAAUUAUAACAGUAAUGUUAUGUCAAAACCUCUUACUACAUUUAAAGCGUGUAAUAUUCUUCCUCUCACGUGACUGUACAAACUCCAGCAUUCAGUUGCCUCAGUCAUCACUCCUGUGAGACUGUAAACGCUGUGCGGCCUGCGUCUGUUUAAGAGCACAGAGGAAGGAGGAAGGAGCACAUGUUAUCUUCUGAAAACUCCAAGAAGACUUUCACUAUGCGCAGUGCCACUGAACCUGUGAGAAUACUUCCCCAUGUUCUAGCAAAGCAAGCUGAUAAUUCUAUAUGGAUAGGCAGUGAAAGUGUUUUCAUUCUUUUUUAAAACAUAUUAGGUUAAGAUUGAAGAGAGAUUAAGAUAGGAGCGAGCUCCAUAGUGUCUGGAGAGUGGUCAGGCAGUCUUCUAUAUUGUUUCCCUUGUGGACCUGAGAUUAAUGAGAGAUGUGCCCUCCCCACAAAGGACAUGAGGCAGAGCCAUUCUUUCCUCAUGAUGACCUUGAGGAGAGUGGAUCCAUUCUUUGGGAAACUUACUGCUUUUCCCUUUUGGAUGAAGCAGACUCAGACCACCCCUCAAGGUUAGAAAUAUGUCCAUGCAGCCAUUUAAUCUGCUAUAGGACUUCUUUGUGAAAACUGUGGACCGUAUAGAGUAUGGAAGCACAGAUUCCCUGCAUUUCUUCAUGUUUUUACAUAACUAAAGCAGUUAAAUCUAUUUAAACCUUCCCCUCUUUACUGAAACAUUGUUUCUAAAUAUUCUUGUUUAAUCUUUUUUUUUUUUUGAGCAAAUUAGUGAACUUUGAAGAUUGAUUCUUCCAGUCUCAUUGUUUCUUUUCACGGUUUCCUACAUUACCUGGUCAUAUGAGUUUUAUAAUCUGACAGAAUAUGUUACUUACUUUAAACAUCAUGUAGAGUAAAACCUUAAACAUCUGAGGCUGUGAAAAAUUAAAUUCACCCCAUGUGAAUCUUGGUUUCAAUUUAAGAGUUUCCUUGCUUUUCAAAGGGACAAGUAGUGAAGAUUGGAGGGUUUUUUGUUUGUUUUUGCCUAUUGGUGGGGGAACAUUGGAAGUAGGGUGAUGAAGAACUAUUGCUCUAAGUUUUUUGUUAGUUAUAUUUCCUUUUUUAUGAUCAGUUAUUUGCUUUGGUUUUGGACCGAGACUUCAACAAUAUUCUAGAUUCUUUGUUUCAAGGGGAGGGAGCAGAGAUGAGAGGUUGAAAGAAGGAAAAUGUUUAAAUAAGACAUAUCUAAUCACUACAUUUUCAGACUAAUAUAUCUUUCUAGCUCAAAGAAAUAGAUAAGUUACAGGGUGUUUUUUAUUCACUCACUCUAAUCAUCGUUCUAUUUGUAUUAAUAAAACAAACAUUUUCAUAGUGAUUAUCUAAUUUUUACCUUAUUAUAUGAGAUAGCUAGAACUGUCCAUAUCUCCAUUGAAAUUAGUUUUAACAUACUUCUUCUUAUUCAGAAAUCAUUUUCUUCAACAACUGUUGUACGAUUUCCUAGCAUUGUGAGCUUGCUAUAUUUCUUAGUACCAUCUUGCUUCCAAAUUAUCUUUAUUGUAGAGGGGAAUUCAUUUGUUGGAAAGAAAUGUCUGCGAAAAACAUCCUCUACGUAAAUAAGAAAUGAAUCACAGAAGUUCACUUGCCAUUUUUCUAGAGAUAGCAAUACUACUCAAACUGGCAGUGUUCUUUAUAUACAUUUGGUAAGGUUUAUCAGUGAAACAGUCUUGUUUACAGGAGCUUCCUUUCCUAGUCAGGAUAAAGCUUAAUGUUUGAGAAAUGAAUAUUUUCAGACUGACCUGAUUCAUAUUUCCAUAAGGCCUCUCUGUCUUUUGCCAGGGAGCAGUAAGACACUGUUGAAACAGAUGUCAGCAGAUCUCCAGCAGCAGGGCAGAGCUAACAGGCUGGCCAUAAGCUUCACUAUUAAACUGAGUUAACAGCUCAGACAUCACAGACCCUUCCCUCAGAGAGAGAAGAAAAAAUGUAUAAAAUAGUUUUUGUAGUUAAGAGCAUCAACAAUCCAUAGCUGCUUAUGUGUGUGUUUGUAUGUGUGUGUGUGUGUGUUUGUGUACCAAUAAUAAUGCCUUGCUCAAUCAAUGCAUUCAGCCAUCUCAAGUGCAAUUUGUGAAGGAGACUGUGGUUUCCAGUAGAUACAUUUUUUACAGCAUUAAACCUGUAAAAGUUAAUUUUUUCCAGCAGUACACCCAUCACUCUUAAUUAUCUCAGCAAUUGGUAUACUAUUAGAUUGCACAGGCCAAUUAAUUAAGUCUCUGUAGAUGUUUGCAUAAUUUGAAGCCAAAUUCUUAUACUGUUUCUCAUGAAAUAAUAGUGAGAAUUUGGUCUACAGUUUGCUUUAAAUUCUUAUUUAGUCUUUUCUUAGUCCUCCCACCCCAGUAUCUUACUUUUUUUUCACCAGCACCCACUUGCUUAUGAGUAUUUUCAUCUAUUUUGACAUAUACCAAUUGUGUGCUGUAUCGUCAGUGUUUAAUUCAUAUAUAUGAUUCGUUUCUUUUCUCACAUGUAUAACUAUUUUCUAAGUAACUGGAAUUUUUCAUUAGAUCUUAUACAGAGCAGUAUUUUAUUAAAAAUUCAAAAGGGAAGACUUUUAUGUGCCCAUUUUGUAGUUUUUGUUUUUACAAUAUCUUUACAUUGUUUGUCUGCCAAGUGUUUUAAACAUGCAUUGGAAUGGACUCCGAAUGUAUUUUUGUGUUAAGUUGUACAUUUGUAGAUUUCUAGCAUGAAGUUAGCCCCAAAAUGCUGUGCAAAAGGAUUUUAAAAUAUAAGAGUCACUGAAAGAGUUUAAACAUCUAUACAUGUUAAAUGCUGUAUGGAUUUUAAUUAAAGAUUUGAGAAUGAUUUCUUAA